AAUAAUAAUAAUAAUAAUAAUAAUAAUAAUAAUAAUAAUAAUAAUAAUAAUAAUAAUAAUAAUAAUAAUAAUAAUAAUAAUAAUAAUAAUAAUAAUAAUAAUAAUAAUAAUAAUAAUAAUAAUAAUAAUAAUAAUAAUAAUAAUAAUAAUAAUAAUAAUAAUAAUAAUAAUAAUAAUAAUAAUAAUAAUAAUAAUAAUAAUAAUAAUAAUAAUAAUAAUAAUAAUAAUAAUAAUAAUAAUAAUAAUAAUAAUAAUAAUAAUAAUAAUAAUAAUAAUAAUAAUAAUAAUAAUAAUAAUAAUAAUAAUAAUAAUAAUAAUAAUAAUAAUAAUAAUAAUAAUAAUAAUAAUAAUAAUAAUAAUAAUAAUAAUAAUAAUAAUAAUAAUAAUAAUAAUAAUAAUAAUAAUAAUAAUAAUAAUAAUAAUAAUAAUAAUAAUAAUAAUAAUAAUAAUAAUAAUAAUAAUAAUAAUAAUAAUAAUAAUAAUAAUAAUAAUAAUAAUAAUAAUAAUAAUAAUAAUAAUAAUAAUAAUAAUAAUAAUAAUAAUAAUAAUAAUAAUAAUAAUAAUAAUAAUAAUAAUAAUAAUAAUAAUAAUAAUAAUAAUAAUAAUAAUAAUAAUAAUAAUAAUAAUAAUAAUAAUAAUAAUAAUAAUAAUAAUAAUAAUAAUAAUAAUAAUAAUAAUAAUAAUAAUAAUAAUAAUAAUAAUAAUAAUAAUAAUAAUAAUAAUAAUAAUAAUAAUAAUAAUAAUAAUAAUAAUAAUAAUAAUAAUAAUAAUAAUAAUAAUAAUAAUAAUAAUAAUAAUAAUAAUAAUAAUAAUAAUAAUAAUAAUAAUAAUAAUAAUCCCAGUGGAUAUUAUUACCUGCUGAUCUAUUGUACAAAUCAAGUCAAGGGACCAAUGCGCUCCCGCGAGCUGCCAGAGGGAGCCACCCAUCCCGCCACCUCCAUCGCCCGGGUCCUCUCCGUCGAUCCUCGCCAGUCAACUUCUGGCACUGGUGGAAGGCAGACAUUGCUCACGCGCUCUCCCUUUCUAUCUCUCCUUGCACGCCUAGCAGUAACCCUGUCUUUGGAGGUCCAUGAAACUCACGCCACAUUCAAGAGCGGGUCUCCAGAACGCUCUGCCGGCCAAGGAGAGAAAGGUUGUUUUGAUAGAGCCAGUGUUGUGAAGUGCUUCUUGGGUUGUUUGGUGUUUAGGCUGAGGGUGAACUUUCGGGAUGUAUAUUGUGUGUGUGCGCGCCUAAGGAAUUUACCUCCAAGUCAUCGUUUAGAGAAGAACCAAAUAACGGAAAAAAUAGAAAACAUGGAUAUAAAUGAUUAUUUAGAAAGGGAAACGGGAUAUAUAACUUGGAAGAAAAAGAGUCCAAAGAAGGAAAAGAAGAAAACUGAGCUAAAAGGAGAUCGCCUGUGCAUUCCUCGUUGCAUGGAGCCAAAGAAGCAGCAAACUGAUAUUUUACGGGACGUAGCAAUGCUUUUGCAUCCGGGCUUCGGUGGAGAGUUUGACCAUCUGUGA